GCUGUUUACGACAACCGCAAGACCUCAAAACUAUGGCUGACUCUAGCGUUACCGACCCGAAUGUUGCCGCCGAGCUCAAGAAGAGGAGAACCUUCCGCACCUUCUCCUACCGCGGUGUUGAGCUUGACAAGCUUCUGGACCUGAGCAACGAAGAGUUUGUCGAACUCGUCCACGCUCGUGCUCGCAGACGGUUCGGUCGUGGCCUCAAGCGCCGCCCAAUGGGCCUCAUCAAGAAGCUGCGUAAGGCCAAGAAGGAGGCUCCUCCCAAUGAGAAGCCCUCUGUUGUGAAGACGCACCUCCGGGACAUGAUCAUUGUCCCCGAGAUGAUUGGUAGUGUUGUCGGCAUCUACAACGGCAAGGUCUUCAACUCCGUUGAAAUCAAGCCUGAGAUGACUGGUCACUACCUCGGCGAGUUCUCUUGCUCGUACAAGCCUGUCAAACACGGUCGCCCGGGUAUUGGUGCAACCCACUCGUCUCGUUUCAUUCCUCUGAAGUAAAGCACUGGAUCUGGCAUUAUUCAUUGUUGUUACCUUAUGUCAUCAUCGCUGUUUCUGCUACGUAUCAAAAUAUUAUGCAGCAUGCUACCAUAUGCUCAUGCUCCAUUGGCGAC